AUGUCCUCAAAUUUUUCCCAAACAAAUAUUUCAUUAAUCAUAAGGCAAUUUAAUUCUAAGCUUCACAGUAAUUCCGAGCUUCAGUAUCUCUACGGUCAGAAUUGUGGAGGUUUAGUACAGGGACCAAAUGGUACAAUAGAAAGUCCUGGAUUUCCUCAUGGUUAUCCAAAUUAUGCCAACUGCACAUGGAUCAUUAUCACAGGAGAACGUAACCGGAUACAACUGUCAUUUCACACUUUUGCCCUCGAGGAAGAUUUUGAUAUUUUGUCAAUUUAUGAUGGACAGCCACAACAAGGCAAUUUAAAAGUGAGGUUGUCUGGAUUUCAGCUGCCAUCAUCUAUUGUGAGCACAGGAUCUAUCCUCACACUUUGUUUCACCACAGACUUUGCUGUGAGUGCUCAAGGUUUCAAGGCUAUCUACGAAGUUCUACCUAGUCACACUUGUGGAAACCCGGGAGAAAUACCUAAGGGAAUACUUCAUGGAUCAAGGUUCAAUAUAGGAGACAAAAUUAGAUAUAGCUGUAUCUCAGGCUACAUCCUGGAGGGCCAUGCAAUGUUAACAUGUAUUGUGAGUCCUGGAAAUGGUGCAUCGUGGGAUUUUCCAGCUCCAUUUUGCAGAGCUGAAGGUGCUUGUGGAGGAACUCUACGUGGGACAAGCGGAACUAUUUCAAGCCCUCAUUUCCCUUCGGAGUAUGAAAAUAAUGCUGACUGCACAUGGACAAUUCUGGCUGAACCAGGAGAUACUAUUGCUCUGGUCUUUACAGAUUUCCAGUUAGAGGAAGGAUAUGAUUUCUUAGAGAUCAGUGGAACUGAAGCACCAUCAAUCUGGUUGACUGGCAUGAACCUGCCUUCUCCUGUUAUCAGCAGCAAAAACUGGUUACGACUCCAUUUCACAUCUGACAGUAACCACCGACGGAAAGGAUUUAAUGCCCAGUUCCAAGUGAAAAAAGCAAUUGAACUGAAGUCAAGAGGAGUCAAGAUGCUGCCCAACAAAGACAGUAACCACAAAAAUUCUGUCUUGAGUCAAGGUGGGGAUGCAGUCAUAUCUGACAUGUGUCCUGAUCCUGGAAUUCCUGAGAAUGGGAAGAGAGCAGGCUCUGACUUCAGGGUGGGUGCAAGUGUACAGUUCUCCUGUGAGGAUAAUUAUGUGCUCCAAGGUUCUAAGAGCAUCACUUGCCAGAGAGUGACAGAUACACUAGCUGCUUGGAGUGACCACAGGCCGAUCUGUCGUGCUAGAACAUGUGGUUCUAAUCUGCGUGGACCAAGUGGAAUUAUUACAUCACCUAAUUACCCAGUUCAAUAUGAAGAUAACGCACACUGUGUGUGGGUUAUCACAACAACAGAUCCAGAAAAGGUCAUAAAGCUAGCUUUUGAAGAGUUUGAACUGGAAAGAGGAUAUGACACCCUGACUGUAGGGGAUGCUGGGAAAGUGGGAGACACCAGAACAGUGUUGUAUGUACUUACUGGCUCUAGUGUUCCUGAUCUCAUUGUGAGCAUGAGCAACCAGAUGUGGCUACAUUUGCAAUCUGAUGACAGCAUUGGCUCACCUGGAUUCAAAGCUGUCUAUCAAGAAAUUGAGAAAGGAAGUUGUGGAGACCCAGGAAUACCAUCAUAUGGAAAAAGGACUGGCAGUAGUUUUCUGCAUGGAGACACACUUACCUUUGAAUGUCAGGCAGCUUUUGAACUUGUGGGAGAGCGAAUGAUCACGUGCCAACAAAAUAACCAGUGGUCUGGCAACAAACCCAGCUGUGUUUUCUCAUGCUUCUUCAACUUUACUACACCAUCUGGAAUUAUUCUUUCACCAAACUACCCUGAGGAAUAUGGGAACAACAUGAACUGUGUGUGGUUGAUUAUUUCGGAGCUAGGAAGCAGGAUUCAUCUAAUUUUCAAUGAUUUUGAUGUGGAGCCUCAGUUUGACUACCUUUCAGUGAAGGAUGAUGGGAUUUCUGAUUUACCAGCUCUUGGCACUUUUUCUGGCAAUGAGGUCCCUUCCCAGCUGGCUAGCAGUGGGCACAUAGUAAGACUUGAAUUUCAGUCAGAUCACUCUACCACUGGAAGAGGCUUUAAUAUCACUUAUACAACCUUUGGUCAGAAUGAGUGCCAUGAUCCUGGAAUUCCCAUAAAUGGAAGACGUUUUGGAGACAGAUUCCUUCUGGGAAGUUCUGUUUCUUUUCAUUGUGAUGACGGCUUUGUUAAAACCCAAGGCUCUGAGUCCAUAACCUGCAUUAUGCAGGAUGGAAAUGUUGUGUGGAGCUCCACUGUCCCACGCUGUGAAGCACCAUGUGGUGGACAUUUGACAGGAUCGAAUGGGGUUAUCUUGCCACCAGGAUGGCCAGGAUAUUACAAGGACUCGCUAAAUUGUGAGUGGGUGAUUGAAGCAAGACCAGGACAUUCUAUUAAGAUCACCUUUGACAGAUUUCAGACGGAAGUUAAUUAUGAUACUUUGGAAGUCAGAGAUGGGCCAGCAAACUCAUCACCAUUAAUUGGAGAAUACCAUGGUACACAAGCACCACAGUUCCUUAUCAGUACUGGCAAUUACAUGUAUCUGCUGUUCACUACAGACAAUAGUCGUUCCAGCGUUGGCUUCCUAAUUCACUAUGAGAGUGUUACACUGGAAUCAGAUUCCUGCCUUGACCCAGGGAUUCCUGUGAAUGGCCAUCGCCAUGGUAAUAACUUCAGUGUCCGAUCUGUAGUAACUUUUAGCUGUGAUCCAGGAUAUACACUGAGUGAUGAGGAACCACUCAUAUGUGAAAGAAAUCAUCAGUGGAAUCAUGCAUUACCCAGCUGUGAUGCUCUAUGUGGUGGCUAUAUUCAUGGGAAGAGUGGAACCAUUCUUUCACCAGGUUUUCCUGAUUUUUAUCCCAACUCUUUAAACUGCACUUGGACUAUUGAAGUGUCACACGGCAAAGGAGUGCAGUUGGUCUUUCACACCUUUCACCUUGAGAGUUCUCAUGACUAUUUGCUUAUCACUGAAGAUGGCAGCUUCACAGAACCAGUGGCGAGAUUAACUGGCUCAGUGUUACCCCCUACAAUUAAAGCUGGCCUCUUUGGAAACUUCUCUGCACAGCUUCGAUUUAUAUCUGACUUUUCAAUCUCCUAUGAAGGUUUCAAUAUAACAUUUUCAGAAUAUAAUCUGGAACCAUGUGAUGAUCCUGGCGUUCCUGCCUUCAGUAGAAGAAUCGGUUUUUACUUUGGUGUUGGAGACUCCUUGACCUUUUCUUGCUUUCCUGGAUAUCGCUUGGAAGGUGCUAAUAAACUUGCCUGCCUGGGUGGUGGCCGUCGUGUAUGGAGUGCACCUCUGCCAAGGUGUGUGGCUGAAUGUGGAGCAAGUGUCUCUGGAAAUGAAGGAACAUUGCUGUCUCCAAAUUUUCCAUCUAAUUAUGACAACAACCACGAAUGCAUCUAUAAAAUUGAAACAGAGGCUGGUAAAGGGAUCCAUCUUAGAGCCAGGACCUUUCAACUGCAUGAAGGAGACAUUGUUAAGGUGUAUGAUGGAAAAGACAGUUCUUCUCGUCCUCUGGGGGUCUUCACUAAAAAUGAACUGAUGGGACUGAUCCUGAAUAGCACCUCUAACCAUUUGUGGAUAGAAUUUAAUACCAACGGAUCUUAUACGGACCAAGGAUUUCAGCUCACAUACACCAGUUUUGACCUAGUCAAGUGUGAAGAUCCGGGAAUACCAAAUUAUGGCUACAAGAUCCGUGAUGAAGGACAUUUUACUGACACAGUCAUUUUAUACAGCUGUAAUCCUGGCUAUAUGAUGCAUGGUAGUAGUAUUAUGACGUGCCUAAGUGGAGAUCGAAGAGUGUGGGACAAACCUUUGCCUACCUGCCUAGCUGAGUGUGGUGGUCGAAUUCAUGCUGCUACUUCUGGUCGCAUAUUGUCACCAGGUUACCCAGCACCAUAUGACAACAAUCUUCAUUGCACUUGGAUUAUAGAGGCAGAUCCAGGGAAGACAAUUAGUCUGCAUUUUAUUGUUUUUGACACUGAGGUCGCCCAUGACAUCCUGAAGGUGUGGGAUGGUCCUCUUGAAAGCAGUAUUCUUCUGAAAGAAUGGAGUGGUUCAGCCCUUCCUGAGGAUAUACAUAGCACCUUCAACUCACUGACGUUACAGUUUGACAGUGACUUCUUCAUCAGCAAGUCAGGCUUUUCCAUCCAAUUCUCAACAUCAGUUGCAUCAACAUGUAAUGAUCCUGGGACUCCACAGAAUGGUACCAGAUAUGGAGACAGCAGAGAGCCUGGGGAUACCACCACCUUUCAGUGUGACCCUGGGUAUCAGCUCCAAGGACAGGCCAAAAUUACUUGUGUGCAGCUGAAUAACCGAUUCUUUUGGCAACCUGAUCCUCCGACAUGCAUAGCUGCAUGUGGAGGAAACCUGACAGGUCCGGCGGGUGUUAUUUUAUCACCUAACUACCCACAGCCAUAUCCUCCUGGGAAGGAAUGUGACUGGAGAAUAAAAGUAAACCCUGACUUUGUCAUUGCUUUGAUAUUCAAAAGUUUCAGUAUGGAGCCCAGUUAUGAUUUUCUACAUAUUUAUGAAGGGGAAGAUUCUAACAGUCCUCUAAUUGGCAGUUUUCAAGGCUCCCAGGCGCCUGAAAGAAUAGAGAGCAGUGCUAAUAGUCUAUUUCUAGCAUUUCGCAGUGAUGCUUCUGUUGGCAUGUCAGGAUUCGCCAUUGAAUAUAAAGAAAAACCACGGGAAGCUUGUUUUGACCCUGGAAACAUAAUGAACGGGACUAGAAUUGGAACAGACUUCAAACUUGGUUCGACUAUUACUUAUCAGUGUGAUUCUGGAUAUAAGAUUAUUGAUCCUUCAACUAUAACAUGUGUGAUUGGUGUUGAUGGAAAACCAGCAUGGAACAGAGUAUUGCCAUCUUGUAAUGCUCCUUGUGGAGGCCAGUAUACUGGAUCAGAUGGUGUGGUUUUAUCACCAAAUUAUCCACAUAAUUAUACUGCUGGGCAGACUUGUCACUAUUCUAUAACUGUACCUAAGGAAUUCGUUGUGUUUGGGCAAUUUGCCUAUUUCCAGACUGCUCUGAAUGAUGUGGCAGAGUUAUUUGAUGGAGAACACCCUCAGGCUAGACUUCUCAGUUCACUUUCUGGAUCUCACUCAGGUGAGACAUUGCCUUUAGCUUCAUCCAAUCAGAUAGUGAUGCGGUUCAGUGCAAAGAGUGGGGCAUCUGCCAGAGGUUUCCAUUUUGUCUACCAAGCUGUUCCACGCACCAGUGAUACACAAUGCAGCUCUAUUCCAGAACCCAGAUAUGGCAGGAGAAUUGGGUCUGAAUUUUCAGCAGGCGCUGUUGUUCGAUUUGAAUGUAGCCCUGGUUAUCUGCUGCAAGGCUCAAAAGCUAUUCGAUGUCAGUCUGUGCCUAAUGCUUUAGCUCAGUGGAAUGACACUGUACCAAGCUGUAUAGUACCAUGCAAUGGGAAUUUCACUGAACGGAGGGGCACUAUCUUGUCACCUGGUUAUCCAGAACCCUAUGGUAACAGCUUGAAUUGUGUGUGGAAAAUCAUAGUGACUGAGGGAUCAGGUAUUCAGAUCCAGGUCAUAAGUUUUGCCACAGAACAUAACUGGGACUCCCUUGAAAUCUAUGACGGUGGAGAUAUGACAACACCACGACUGGGGAGCUUUUCAGGUACUACUGUGCCAGCAUUGUUGAACAGCACCUCCAAUCAACUUUACCUGCACUUUCACUCUGAUAUUAGUGUGGCAGCAGCUGGUUUUCACCUGGAGUACAAAACUGUAGGCCUAGCUGCUUGUCCAGAACCAAUACUUCCUAGCAAUGGCAUCAAAAUGGGAGAUAGAUAUAUGGUGAAUGAUGUUUUGUCUUUUCACUGUGAGCCAGGAUACACAUUACAGGGUCGUUCUCAUAUUUCUUGUAUGCCUGGAACAGUUCGCCGUUGGAAUUAUCCAUCUCCCCUCUGCAUUGCUAAGUGUGGUGGAACACUGACCAAUAUGGGUGGAGUGAUCCUGAGCCCAGGUUUUCCUGGAAAUUACCCUAGUAACUUAGAUUGCACAUGGAAGAUCUUAUUGCCUAUUGGAUACGGUGCACAUAUUCAAUUUCUGAAUUUCUCUACUGAAGCUAAUCAUGACUUUCUUGACAUUCAGAAUGGGCCUUACCACACCAGUUCUAUGAUAGGCCAGUUUAGCGGAACGGAACUCCCACCAUCUUUGCUAAGUACAACUCACGAAACACUCAUCCAUUUUUAUAGUGAUCACUCAGAGAAUCGACAAGGAUUUAAGCUUGCAUACCAAGCUUACGAGUUACAAAACUGCCCAGAUCCUCCUCCUUUUUUAAAUGGAUAUAUGGUCAACUCGGAUUACAGCGUGGGUCAAUCAAUAUCAUUUGAGUGCUAUCCUGGGUAUGUUUUAAUAGGUCACGCUGUUCUCACUUGCCAACAUGGGAUCAACAGGAACUGGAACUAUCUUUUUCCAAGAUGUGAAGCUCCUUGUGGCUAUAAUGUAACCUCUCCGAAUGGUACAGUUUAUUCCCCAGGAUUUCCAGAUGAAUAUCCAAAUUCAAAGGACUGUACAUGGUUUAUUUCUGUCCCUCAAGGCCAUGGGGUUUAUAUCAACUUUACCUUACUCCAAACUGAACCAGUGAAUGACUACAUUGCAGUUUGGGAUGGUCCUGACCAAAAUUCGCCUCAGCUGGGUGUUUUCAGUGGGAACACAGCUCUUGAAACAGCUUACAGCUCGACCAAUCAAGUUCUUCUCAAAUUUCACAGUGACUUCUCAACUGGAGGGUUCUUUGUCCUCAAUUUCCAUGCUUAUCAACUAAAGAAAUGCCAGCCUCCACCAGCAGUUCCACAGGCUGACUUACUUACAGAAGAUGAUGAUUUUGAAAUAGGAGACUUUGCCAAAUACAAGUGUCAUCCUGGUUUCACCCUGGUUGGAAAUGACAUGUUGACUUGCAAGCUGAAUGCACAAUUGCAGUUUGAGGGCUCACCCCCAUUUUGUGAAGCACAAUGUCCAGCAAAUGAAAUCCGUACAGAAUCAUCUGGAGUGAUCCUCAGUCCAGGUUACCCAGGCAACUACCCCAAUUCUCAGACCUGCUCCUGGACUAUUAAAGUCGAACCAAGCUAUAACAUCUCUAUUUUUGUAGAAAUGUUUCAGAGUGAAAAACAGUUUGAUGAAUUGGAAAUAUUUGAUGGUUCUUCUGGGCAAAACCCUUUGUUGGUUUCUUUAAGUGGAAAUCAUACUGGACAACUAAACUUCACAAGCAGAAAUAAUCAGCUAUAUCUUCGCUGGUCAACUGACCAUGCAACCAGUAAGAAGGGAUUCAAGAUACGUUACUCAGCUCCCUAUUGCAGCUUAAACAAUGUCCCAAAGAAUGGUGGAACUUUAAAUAAAACAGCAGGUUCAACUGGAAGUAAAGUGCACUAUUACUGCAAGCCUGGAUAUAGAAUGAUUGGCCAUAGUAAUGCAACUUGUAGACGUCUCCAGAAUGGCCUGUAUCAAUGGGAUUCUCCUGCCCCGCUCUGCCAUGCUGUGUCGUGUGGUAUUCCAGAAUCUCCAGGAAAUGGUUCAGUUGUAGGUAAUGAGUUCACUUUGGGCAGUAGAGUGAUAUAUGAAUGUAACGAGGGCUUCAAGCUAGAAUCUAGUCAACAAGCAACAGCAGUGUGUCAAGAAGAUGGAUUAUGGAGUAACAAAGGGCGGCCACCUGUCUGUAAACCUGCAACUUGCCUCAGCAUUGAGACUCUGCUCUCAGAGCAUGUCAUCUGGAGACUGAUAUCUGGGUCAUUCAAUGAGUAUGGAGGUCAAGUAAUGCUGAGCUGCAGUCCUGGCUAUUAUUUAGGGGGUCAAAGACUCAUACAGUGCAGAUCUAAUGGAACAUGGAGUGGAGGUGAUGAAAGGCAUAGCUGUAAGGUUGUCUCCUGUGGUGGCCUCCCUUCUCCACCAAAUGGUAAUAAGAUUGGAACCCUAACGGUGUAUGGAGCCACUGCAAUCUUCACCUGUAACACAGGGUACACAUUAGUUGGAUCUCAUGUGAGAGAAUGCUUAGCAAAUGGACUCUGGAGUGGCGCCGAAACCCGAUGUCUGGCUGGGCAUUGUGGUUCUCCAGAUCCAAUUGUAAAUGGCCACAUUAGUGGGGAUGGCUUCAGUUACCGUGACACUGUGGUCUAUCAGUGUAACCCUGGCUUUCGGCUUGUCGGUACAUCUGUCAGGAUUUGCCUGCAAGAUCAUAAGUGGUCUGGACAAACUCCCGUUUGUGUCCCAAUCACAUGUGGACAUCCUGGGAACCCAGCUCAUGGAGUGACUAAUGGAAGUGAGUUCAAUUUGAAUGAUGUUGUAAACUUUACCUGCGGCACUGGGUAUUUACUUCAAGGUGCCGCUCGAGCACAGUGCCGGAGCAAUGGACAGUGGAGCAGCCCUUUACCUACCUGCCGAGUGGUGAACUGUUCUGAUCCAGGCUUUGUGGAAAAUGCUAUUCGUCAUGGGCAGCAGAAUUACCCUGAAAGUUUCAAGUAUGGAAUCAGCGUGGUGUACCAUUGUAAGAAGGGAUUUUACAUCUUGGGCACAUCUGCUUUGACCUGUAAGGCUAAUGGCUUGUGGGAUAGAUCACUACCCAAAUGUUUGCCCAUUUCUUGUGGACAUCCUGGAGUUCCUGCCAAUGCAGUUCUUUCAGGAGACAAAUUCACAUAUGGAUCUAUAGUUCACUAUUCUUGCACAGCAAGUCAAACUCUCAUAGGAAAUUCUACUAGUGUGUGCCAAGAAGAUAGCCACUGGAGUGGAACCCUCCCUCACUGUUCAGGAAAUAGUCCUGGAUAUUGUGAUGAUCCAGGUGUACCACCUCAUGGGUCGAGACUCGGAGAUGAAUUCAAAAUAAAAAGUUUACUACGUUUCUCCUGUGAAAUGGGUUAUCAGCUGAGAGGAUCUGCAGAACGAACAUGCUUGCUUAAUGGUUCUUGGUCUGGUUUACAGCCUGUUUGUGAUGCUGUAUCUUGUGGAAAUCCUGGCACCCCAGCCAAUGGCAUGGUAAUAUACAGUGAUGGGAUAAUGUUCUCGAGCUCAGUCAUCUAUGCUUGCUGGGAAGGUUACAAGACUUCAGGGCUAACUACUCGACAUUGUACAGCCAAUGGGACAUGGACUGGCACUGCUCCAGACUGCACAGUAAUCAGCUGUGGAGAUCCAGGUGGAAUAGCAAAUGGUAUGCAGUUUGGAACUGAUUUUAUCUUUAAUAAGACAGUAAGUUAUCAGUGCAACCCAGGGUAUUUGAUGGAGCCUGUCAGUUCAUCCACUAUACGUUGUAUGAAAGACAGCACUUGGAACCAGAGUAAACCAGUCUGCAAAGCUAUCACAUGUGGCCCACCUCCUCAAGUGCUCCAUGGAAAAGUGGAAGGAUCAGAUUACCGUUGGGGGUCCAGUAUAAGUUACAAUUGUGCAGAGGGCUAUCAGUUAUCCAAUGCAGCUAUUCUUUCAUGUGAAGGACAAGGUGUAUGGAGGGGAGAUGUCCCACAAUGUCUCCCUGCAUUUUGUGGAGAUCCUGGUACUCCAGCUGAGGGGCGUCUUAAUGGGAAAAGUUUCACUUACAGAUCUGAAGUCUCCUUUCAGUGCCGACCCCCUUUUAUACUGAUAGGAUCUUCAAGAAGAGUCUGUCAAGCAGAUAGUGUUUGGAGUGGAAUUCAACCAACAUGUAUUGAUCCAGCCCAUAACACUUGCACAGAUCCUGGUACUCCACCUUAUGGAAUACAGAACAAUUCUAGGGGUUAUGAGGUUGGAAGCACAGUCUUUUUCAGAUGUAGGAAGGGUUAUCAUAUUCAAGGCUCUACUACUCGAUCUUGUCUUGCAAACUUAACUUGGAGUGGUAUACAGUCUGAAUGCAUUCCUCAUGCUUGCAGACAACCAGAGACACCAGCGCAUGUAGAUGUGAAAGCGAUAGAUCUUCCUACUUUAGGUUACACUUUGGUGUAUACCUGUCAGCCAGGAUUUUUUCUUGCUGGUGGAUCAGAGCACCGGACAUGUAAACCAGAUAUGAAAUGGACAGGAAAGCCAACUAUUUGUAAAAGUAAAGGAGUGAGAGAAGUUAAUGAAACAAUAACUAAAACUCCAGUUCCUUCAGAUGUGUUUUUCAUAAAUUCAUUAUGGAAGGGAUUUUAUGAGUAUCUAGGGAAAAGGCAACCUGCUACGCUGACAGUCGACUGGUUCAAUACUACAAGCAGCAAGGUGAAUGCCACAUUCAUUGAAUCGUCCAAUGUACAACUUAAGCUAUCAGGUGUUUACAAGAAAGAAGAGGCUCAUUUGCUUUUAAAAGUCUUUCAGAUUAAAGGACCUGUGGAAACUUUUGUAAGCAAGUUUGAAAAUGAUAACUGGGCACUAGAUGGCUAUGUAUCAUCAGGACUUGAAAGAGGUGUGUUUACUUACCAAGGUGAUAUGCAUGGAAAAGACUUUGGAAAAUUUAUGCUCCAAAGGCAAGGUCCUUUAAGCACAGAUGCAGAUCAUUCAAAUCACUAUUAUGGCACAAACAGCAGUUCUGUUGCAGCUGCCAUCCUGGUACCAUUCUUUGCUCUAAUAUUAUCAGGGUUUGCAUUUUACCUCUACAAACACAGAACAAGACCAAAAGUACAGUACAAUGGAUAUGCUGGUCAUGAAAACAGUAAUGGACAGGCUUCAUUUGAAAAUCCCAUGUAUGACACAAACUUAAAGCCCACAGAGGCAAAGGCUGUGAGAUUUGACACGACUCUAAACACAGUUUGUACAGUGGUAUAG